AUGGGGAACUCUAAUUCAUCCACCGUGGACGACCUUCAGGCCGUGGAGAUGCACCUCUGGUAUAAGAAGUUCAUGAUAGAGUGUCCUUCUGGCCAACUCACCUUGCAUGAGUUCAAACAGUUUUUUGGACUGCGUGGUCUGGACCCUGAGGCGAAUGCCUACAUUGAGCAAAUGUUCCGCACCUUCGACAUGAACAAGGAUGGCACCAUAGACUUCAUGGAGUACGUGGCAGCCCUCAGUCUGGUAAUGAGGGGGAAAAUGGAGCACAAGCUUCGCUGGUAUUUCAAGCUCUAUGAUGUGGAUGGUAAUGGUUGCAUAGACAGACAUGAACUGCUCAACAUCAUAAAGGCUAUCCGAGCUAUCAAUGGUAGUGACAAUCAAGAGCUAACUGCAGAGGAGUUCACCAACCGUGUGUUUGACAAGAUUGAUAUAAAUGGAGAUGGGGAGCUCUCACUGGAAGAAUUUGUUGAGGGGGCUCGCAGCGAUGAAGACUUUAUGGAGGUCAUGAUGAAGAGUCUUGAUCUCUCCCACAUUGUGGCCAUGAUCCAUAACCGGCGACACAGUGUUUAA